GUAGGAGGGAGAGGGAAGAGGGAGUAAACCAUUGCCACGUGACGCUAGGGAUCAGGUGGUUGGCCCGGCCUCCGCGCAAGACCUAUGAUUGGCUGACUCAAAUACGAUCGACGCCACUGGGGGCGGGCCAAAGAGGAGCGCAAGCGCGCUGCAUUGCGAGUCUCGGGACCACUUUCCGAGACUAUGGCGCUCAACAAGAAUCACUCGGAGGGCGGCGGAGUGAUCGUCAACAACACCGAGAGCAUCCUGAUGUCCUAUGACCAUGUGGAAGUUACGUUCAAUGACAUGAGAAACAUGCCUGAGGCCUUCAAAGGGACCAAGAAGGGCACCGUCUACCUGACCCCAUACCGGGUCAUUUUUCUGUCCAAGGGGAAGGAUGCCAUGCGGUCCUUCAUGAUGCCCUUUUAUCUGAUGAAGGACUGUGAGAUCAAGCAGCCUGUGUUUGGUGCAAACUACAUCAAGGGGACCGUGAAGGCUGAAGCAGGAGGUGGCUGGGAAGGCUCUGCCUCCUACAAGUUGACCUUUACAGCAGGGGGCGCCAUUGAGUUUGGACAGCGAAUGCUACAGGUGGCGUCUCAAGCCUCCCGAGGUGAAGCCCCCCACGGAGCCUAUGGGUACUCUUACAUGCCCAGCGGGGCUUAUGUCUUUCCCCCGCCCGUCGCCAAUGGAAUGUACCCCUGCCCUCCUGGCUACCCCUAUCCACCGCCCCCACCUGAGUUCUAUCCAGGACCUCCCAUGAUGGACGGGGCCAUGGGGUACAUGCAGCCCCCGCCACCGCCCUAUCCUGGGCCCAUGGAGCCCCCAGUCAGCGGCCCUGACGUCCCUUCCACUCCUGCAGCAGAAGCCAAGGCUGCAGAAGCAGCUGCCAGCGCCUACUACAACCCAGGCAACCCACACAACGUCUACAUGCCCACGAACCAGCCUCCACCACCUCCCUACUACCCCCCCGAAGACAAGAAGACCCAGUAGACCCCUGAUGCUGCACUGCCUCCCACCGCUCAUUGCUCCUUCCUGCCCCUCCACUGGGGCCAAGUUGGGGGCUGGGGAGGUGUGGGGAGGACCUUGUUCUUCCAGGUUGGAUGAUAAACAGCAAGCAGGAACUAGCAUUGGUGGGAGGGAGGGACCCUUGUCUGGAGAGGUGCUUCCCAGUUUCCUACACUAGCUCAGAGCCCAUGGGCACUGUCCGCUGAGCUUCCCUCUCCAUCUCUGGGACUUGCCUCAGGAGCUCGGGUGUCCCCCUUGUUCCUGUUUCCCUCAAGUAGCUUCUCCCCAGGGAGGGACUCUGGCCACCUCCUCCACUGCAGUCCAGUCUCUUGUCUUGGUAGCCACUGUGUAUCAGCUGCCUCUAACCCCCUGAGCUUGACAGACCAGGCCUGGAAGAGAGUCCAGCCCCUUCCGCCAAGGGGCCCCUGCCAGGCCCACCCACAUUCCCUGCGCUGGCCUAGCCCUGGCGGUGGGAGGCCACAGUCCCGCCCAGAUGUCGGUCCACAUUCCAUUCCUGGCCCAGGCCCAGCCCCAGCCCCGGUCACACGGCCUUCCUUUCCCUUUCCUGUCCUUGGUCAUUCUGUUGCCACCUCUAUGUGACUUUAACGUGGGCUGCCAGGGCUUGGGUGGCAUCAGGCCAAGGCCACGGUGGCUGAGAGAAAGCCCCUCUGCUUCCCUGCGCGUGUUUCUGGAAUUUGUUUCCCUUGCCUUUUCACACUUCUUUUCCUCUAGAAGGGGCUUCUCGGACUGGAACUGGAGAGGGCAUGUCCAUCCCAUCAUGUCCCCGGGGCUGCCCGGGGGCUGGGAGAAGGGCCCCUUCCCUUUGCGCUUCCUGCCUGGUUGGUAAUAUGCCCCCGAUGCACUAAAAUAUGCUCUCAUUCGCUCCUGGACUGGCCCUGAAGUGAGAAGGUGGUUAUUUAAAGAGAACUCCCUAUUUAUUUGACAAGAAUCUAGUUAAUAUAUUAAUGUGAAAUAAAACCCUGUUUGCACCUUGAUCUGUUUGCUGAAAAUGUGAAGUAGUAAAAAUGGAGUAACGACUACCUGGCUCUGUGUGGUGGGAGAAGAGCUGUCUGGCUCCUGAGGGUGGGGGGAGGCUUAGGGCCGCUCCCUCCCACGUGAGAGUCCCUUGUUCUCAGGCCCAUCUGGUCGCCACUUGGCUAAGGCCUCGCCUCUCCUCUCCCGGCCCUCUCCUGCCUCCAUUUCCACAGAAGUUGCUAGGCAACCAGGCCAC